AUGUUAGAAGCUUCUUCAGGAUUAGAUAAUUUAGAUAAUGAUUUGUUUGGUGACGAAGGAGUUGAAGAAUCCAAAGAUGAUGUUGAUGAUUGCGAUGGUGAAAAUGAUGACGAUGAUAAUGAAUAUUGA